UAUAUCGAUACUCAAAUAUAAAUUCAAGUCAAAUGUAGGUAACGUAAAUUCAAAUCGGAAUUUCUUCACAACCUUUCAUUUCAAAAAUGGCCUUCUAUCGAGUUGAAUUGCUAUUUGUUCCCUCUCCUAAUUUUUCAGGUGUAUUAAAGUUUUAGCAAUUUGUAAAACAGUUUGUAUAUUAAGACACCUCACGGGACUAGUCAUAUCCGUAUUAGCCAUAGAUGAUUGGACAAAACCAUUACGUUACUGCUGAAAACUACACGAUAUCGUCCCCUAUGUGUAUGACAAAGGCAUAACAAUGUAAAAAAACCCUAGAAUUGACGCAUUUACCUUAGUCAGCUCCUAAGGUAAAGAAAUAUGAAGACAAUAAAUUCAGCCACCUACAGUGCAUACAACCAGUUUGAUGUCACGUUUUCGAGCGAACUCUCGUUUUUUUUUGUACCUCAGGGUAUUUCCCAUACAAUUAUGUGUUUUAUUAAGUUUUUAAUUUGCGUUUAGCCAAAUACAAGGCGGAUUUUAUUUUUGUCUAAAAGUUUUCCAUUGUAGCAAAUUGUUUGUGUAGUAAUUAAGUGAAGAUUUAUCCGACACAAUGUUAAUAAACAGUUGUCGAAAUCAGCGCUGUUGGAUUGGCGUCGUGAUCGCGGCGGUGGUCGUGGCCGCGCUGGUGGCCGUGCUAGUGGUGCAGCCGUGGGCAGAGGACGGCAGCCACGCACGGUUCGCGCGCGCCGCCGUCGCCGCCAAUGGACACGAGUGCGCCGCUAUCGGACGCUCGAUACUUGAGAAGAACGGGAGCGCCGUCGACGCAGCAAUCGCAACACUCUUCUGCGAGGGUCUAGGCUGCGCACAAUGUAUGGGCUUGGGCGGUGGCUUCUUGGCCACUGUGUACGACGCGAACACGCGACGGGUGCGGGUCAUCAACGCGCGCGAGCGGGCGCCGCUCGCCACUACGCUCAACAUGUACGACAACGCGUCCUCCACAGUCGGCGGUCUCGCGAUCGCCGUUCCGGGAGAGCUGCGAGGCUACGGCGAAUUAUAUCGAGUAUACGGCCGCUUGCCUUGGGCGGAGCUGGUCCGUCCAACAGCCGAGCUUUGCCGGAAGGGCCACCGCGUGACCGAAUACAUGGGCCGAGUGCUGGGGACCUACAGCGACAGGAUCAAGGCGCAGCCGUCCAUGAGCGAAUUGUACGUGAAUCCAGCGACGAACGAAGUAUACAAGGAGGGCGACACGAUCGUGGAGCCGACGCUGGCGCGGACGCUAGACGUGAUCGCGGCGGAGGGUCCGGAGGCGAUGCACAACGGCUCGCUCACCGCCGCGCUCGUCCGCGACAUCGAGCGCUUCGGCGGCAUUAUCACGGAGGAGGACAUGAGGGAAUACAGGGUGCAGUGGCAAGAGCCAAUAUCGGUGAAGCUGUCCGAUCAGCACACGCUGUAUUCGGUGCCGCUGCCCGGCUCCGGCUCCGUGCUAGCGUUCAUCCUCAACAUGCUGGCCGGGUGGGUCGGUGGCGAGGCCGCGCCGCAGGCCUCCGGCCUCUACUACCAUCGCGUCAUCGAGGCCUUCAAGUACGCGUACGCCAAGCGCACUGGCCUCGGGGACGCUUCACGAUCCGACCUCACCUAUUCCGUCACUGAGCUGGAACGCAACCUGUCCGAUGCCGACUGGGCCCGCGCCUUCCGCGACCAAGUGAACGACGAUCACACUUUCAACGACUGGAGGCACUACGGUGCGCUGUUCGAGGGCGCCGACGACCACGGCACUGCGCAGAUCGUCGUUAUAGCUCCGGAUGGCAGCGCCGUCGCUGCCACAAGCACCAUCAACUACAUUUGGGGCAGCCAGCGCCGAUCAACAAGCCUCGGCAUAAUGCUGAACAAUGAGAUGGACGACUUCGCGAUCCCAAGCCACGAGUCGGCGUACGGCAUGCCGCCGUCGCCCGCCAACAUGUUAGCGCCGGGUCUGCAGCCCCUGAGUUCCAUGGUGCCCAGCAUCGUGCUCAAUCAGCGAGGUGAAGUCGAUCUGAUACUGGGGGCCGCAGGUGGAACCAAGAUAACUACCCAAGUUGCGAUGACAGUGAUAAACACCAUCCUCGAGGGCAGCUCUCUCCCUGAAGUCAUGAACCGGCCGCGCCUUCAUCAUCAGCUCAUGCCCAUGGAAGUUGAGCAUGAACAUGAUUUCAAUGCGGACAUAAUAAAAGCGCUCCGAUCGAAGAAUCACUCGACGACGGAGCUCGGCCGGACAGCCGGCUUUGCCGCCAUGGUAGGCGCCCAGCGAGACGGAGACGGCUACUUCGUGCCCAACACAGACAGGCGGAGAGUUGGCAGCAUCGACGGUUUCUAAUACCUACUAUAAUUGAUUCAACUAAUCAUAAUAAAACUUGUGGCUAUUUAUGCGCUGUAAACCUCGCGAACCCCCAUGGCUCAAAAACUUAAUCGACAUAAAAUUCAUAUAUUUAUCGAUACUGCUCACAAAAUUUCACGUGAAUCGGUUAAGAAGUGUUGAGGAAAACCAGACAGCUGGACAGGCAUACAAAAGCAUUUUUGCCCAAGCUAAUAACGGAGGCUUUGCGCUCGCUCGUUCAAAAAUAAACACCCAUAAAUACCCUUAUAGAAAGGUAGGUCUCCGACCAAAUGCUUGGUAGGUGUAACUGGUGUGUGGCUUUCAUUUGUGCCGCUAGCGGUUAAUAUUGGAUAGAAGACGAGACGGAUGCCAAACUUAGACAAGCGAAGUCAAACACGCUACAAGCUUUCAGUCCCUGGCGUCACCAAACUUUGAAGAAGAACCAACCGCAAUAGAAGUAACCUUUUCCAGUAUUUUAAGGAGCCACUAAAUGUUCAAGCCCACCUCUGUACCUACUCGUUAAGUACCUACCUCCAAGGUAAUGUGUAAACACUUGCUAUGCCUUGGGUCUUUGUCGCUCUAUUCUAAUAUGGAAAAGUGAUAGAAAGAGAUGACAGAGCGUAAACGAUUGGUUUGUUGGCUGGGCACCCUGGGCUUGCCCUUUGUGAUGUAAAUCAAAAUAGGAUAAGUUUCUUAUUAUUACCAAGUCCUUUGCAAAUCUUUGGAUUCGUAGAAAUUCGUAUUGAAGUUUCUUUAACACGCGAAAUGUUUUAUUAUACGUUUCGCACACCCAUGCCUAAUUCAUAUGUUAGGUAUUUCAUAUGAUAUUAAUUAAACUACCUAUAGGUACAAAGCUAUUAGAAAACCGUUAAUUUAAAACAAAGCUCGCAAAUAUGUUAUUCUGGUAUCAACUUAAGAGUUUACUUAGGUAGUUUACCUUCCACAGAAAUAAUAUAUGCGUAAGAUCUCAAAUAGAUACCUAAAAGAUAUACUUGUUUCUAUAAAUAUUUCAAAAAUAGCCAAUGUUAAUAAUAUAACAAAAUAAUAUUGUUGUAAAUAAAACCUCUUAAAAUACUGAGUUGUAUUAUAAGCUGGUAAGCGUAUGUAAUUUGCAUGUGUACUUACACGUACAGUAUUUUUUUUGAAAUACAUAUGUACAAAAAUGUACUCAGAAAUGCUAAGAUAAUACUUUUGCAGCAGGUACAGUCAGCGUCAAAUACUUUGUAGCAACCAAAGUAGCCAAAUAGUUCGGUACACCAUAUAUUUAGUAUGGUGUACCGAACUAUUUGGCAACUUUAACUGCUACAAAGUAUUUGACGCUGACUGUACAUACAUAGCCAAAGGAAUAAUAAAACGUACAGUGGUACAUUAUAUUGUAGGCGGAAUUUGGUUCGCUACGUUGGUUUCAUAAACGUAUAGUUUGUGUCAUCCACGAUGACGCGCAGAUUUGUCAAAUCUAACCUUUAAUUACAUGACAAUACGAGUCAAGGCACGCGUAGUCGUGAAUGACACGAUCUGGUAACUUGUUUUUUAAUUCUUAGAAGUUGACCGCAUAAUAGGCAUUUUAUUCGGCUGUCUAAUACGUGUAAGUACAAUAUUUUGCACCUCUUUGUUCAACUCUUUUUAUUUGUCUCUUGCAUGUAUAAAUUAUGAAGUUUAUAUUUAUGCAUGUUAUCUCAUAAUGUUCGUAUAACUUUAUUAUUGGUUUUGUAUUGCAUAGACAGAGUGGUUUGUCAAAUACGCCCUUAUAUUAUGAGGUGCAUUUUUUCGAUAAAGUACGAGUAAGUAUCGAUAAAGUUUCGAUAAAUUUCUUGAAUUGUAUCCGGGUGUACCUCUUAUACUUUAUCAUUCAAAUAUAUGCAUGCUUACGUAAUGGCCCCAUAUUUGAGGAAAUUUAUGUAAUACUCGCUUUAUGUAAUAGUAUUAUUAAAAGCGGCUGAUUAUGCAAACUCUCUACGCAAAGUGUUGUAGAUAUUUCUUGGAGGCCUAAAAUUCUUGUUAUAAUAACGACGGGUUGACUAUAACGUAAACGCUCGAUUCCACUGUAGGUAACCUUUUCUAAAGUCAGUCACCCUCCCUCCAUAAUAUUUGCUUUAGUUACUUGGUAAUAAGUUACUUGGCACUUUGGUAGAUUUUAUGGUGACCGAAUUUAGGGUAGUCUACCCUACAAAAACUACCGCCCAUGAUAAUUAUUUAUAAGGGUAUCCACCUUUUCUUCGUUUGCAAGCAAAACAUGUGAUGUGAUGUUAAUUUAGUUACCUGCCUAUGUAAUAUACUGUGAUGUGAUAUUAAUUGUUGCUUAUAAAAUAAUAAUGGAAUAAUAUGUUAUGUUAAUAAAAAUAAUUAUGAAUAAACUAUAAAA